UAUAUAGUUAUAUGUAUUUAUACACAUUUAUAUGUGUAAUAAUAAUAGCUGGAGAAAGAAAAAAAUGGGGAUAGUGCCAAAGGAGGCAAUUGAGGUGAUUGCUCAGAGCAUUGGUAUCACCAAUUUGUCCCCAGAUGUCUUGCCUGCCCUCGCUUCCGAUGUCGAGUACCGUGUUCGCGAGAUCAUGCAGGAGGCUAUCAAAUGCAUGCGCCAUUCGAAGCGAACCAUUUUGACUACAGAUGAUGUGGAUAGUGCGCUUAGCUUAAGAAAUGUGGAGCCAAUAUAUGGCCUUGCCUCUGGAGAUCCUUUGCGGUUCAGAAGAGCAGCUGGGCAGAAGGAUUUGUUCUACAUCGAUGACAAGGAUGUUGAAUUUAGAGAUGUGAUUGACUCACCUCUGCCAAAAGCACCACUAGACACUGCAGUUGUUGCUCACUGGUUAGCUAUCGAAGGAGUUCAGCCUGCAAUUCCAGAAAAUGCUCCAAUUGAAGCGCUUGCAGUACCUCCCGACAACAAAAAAUCCGAUUACAAAGAAGAUGGAAACCCUGUUGACAUUAAAUCACCCAUUAAGCAUGUACUGUCUCGGGAGCUCCAGCUCUACUAUGACAAGAUUACGGAUAUCACUGUGAAUAAGGCUGAUUCCACUAUCUUUAAAGAAGCACUAGGGAGCUUGGCAACUGACUCAGGACUCCAUCCAUUAGUUCCUUAUUUCAUAUAUUUCAUUGCUGAUGAGGUUACGCGGAAUUUGAAUAAUUUCCGUAUCCUUUUUGCUUUGAUGCGUCUUGUCGGGAGCCUUCUCCAAAAUCCAAAUUUACAUAUUGAACCUUAUCUACAUCAAUUGAUUCCGUCUGUAGUGACCUGCCUUGUUGGCAAAAGGUUAGGAAAUAAAUUCUCUGACAAUCAUUGGGAACUUAGAAACCUUACAGCUAAACUGGCUGCUUCAGUAUGCAAGAGAUUCGGUCAUGUUUACCACACUCUUCAGCCACGUGUGACGAGGACUCUGCUCCAUGCAUUCUUGGACCCGACAAAAGCAUUGACGCAACAUUAUGGUGCAAUUCAGGGGCUGGCAGCCCUUGGACCUAGUGUGGUUCGUCUUCUUGUAUUACCAAAUCUUGAGCCGUAUUUGCAACUUCUAGAGCCAGAAAUGCAACUUAAUAAGCAAAAAAAUGAAAUGAAGAGGAACGAAGCUUGGCGUGUAUAUGGGGCCUUAUUGUGUGCAGCUGGUUUAUGCAUGCAAGAUUGCUUCAAGAUGUUCCCAAGUCUGCUAUCUCCGUCGACACGUGCCGUCUGGAAGAGUAAUGGAAAAGUCCUGACUGCAACACCAAAUAAACGUAAAGCAAGCAUGGACAACCUGAUGCAGCAGCCACCGCUCAAGAAAGCAGCCAUAGACGGUGCAAUGGGUGUAACAAACUCCUUGUCAGGAGACAUCCAAGGAGCGACUGGUGUAUUUUCGAAUACUCUUGGUGGUUCUGAUGCUGGUUUGCCAUCAAUGUCGCGGCAGUUAACAAAUGAAAACGUAGCAGGAAGCAACGGCAGAAGGGAGAAGUUUGGUGGUCAAACUUUAAAGAAAUCUACUGUUAUUGCUCAGGCUUGGAAGGACAUGGAUGCUGGCCGUUUUCUGCCAUUUCUAUCUGAAUAUUUUGGUGAAAGCAUGUUCUCCUUUAUGCCCAUGCCCGAGUCAUCUUUCUUCCUGUGAUCAAAUGGGGAAAAUUGGCAAUUGUUGUUGACCAAUCAGGUGUAAAUUCUGUAAUUGUUUUGACAUGAUGAUAGAUGUUAAAAGUUAAAACUGGUGCUUCGACAAUGCAUAGAUACCUCUGGAACUUAUUGGCUUACAAUUGAUUGUACCAAUAUCAAGAUAGAAAGUUCCCUAAAAUUUCUGAGACUCCAAUGUAUGUAUACAUGAAAUACUAAUGGAUUAAUUUUCGAGCUCAACUUCUUAUGGUUA